AUGGAGUUACAGCAUGGCUGUCCAUCUAAUGAAAUUGCAGAGACAAAAGCAUUUGCUGAAUGGAUUCUUAAGAUUGGUGAAGGAAAAAUCGGCGACAGCAAUGAUGGUGAAGAUAUUGUUGAAUUUCCAGAUGAUGUGAUAAUUCGCUCUGCGGGGGAUCAUAUUCAGUCAAUUACAUCAGUCGUUUAUCCAGCUUUUGAAGAUCAUCUUAACGAUCCAACCUAUUUUCAAGAUAAAGCCAUUUUGGUCCCCACCAAUGUAGAAGUUGAUGCGAUAAAUGAAUACAUGUUAGGAUUGAUGAAAGAGGAAGGCAAAACUUACUUAAGUUCAGCUUCCUUAUGUGAAACAGAGUCUCCGGAUGAUUUUAAAGAAUCCUUUUACGCUCCUGAUGUUUUGAAUGGUUUCAAAGCUUCUGGGAUUCCCAACCAUAAACUUACACUUAAAGUUGGUGUUCCCGUUAUGCUGUUGCGUAACAUUGACCAGAGAAAAGGACUUUGCAAUGGGACCAGGUUGCAGAUUGUAAGAAUGGCACAACAUGUUAUCGAAGCCAGAAUCAUAUCCGGUAAACACUUCAAUGAGAUAACGUAUAUACCUCGCAUGAAGUUGGUUCCGUCUGACAAACGAAUUCCUUUCCGGUUUCAAAGAAGACAAUUCCCUCUGUCCGUUUGUUUUGCGAUGACCAUAAACAAAAGUCAAGGGCAAUCCUUGUCCAAUGUAGGAUUAUACCUCCGUAGACCCGUCUUCACACAUGGUCAGCUCUAUGUUGCAGUCUCUCGUGUCACAAGUAAACGAGGCUUGAAAGUGUUAAUUUGUGAUGAGGGGGGCCAUUCUACUAAUAAAACAAAAAAUGUCGUUUACAAGGAGGUCCUACAAAACUUAUAG